ACAUGUGAAUAUCCGGCAGGCCCAGUGUGGCUACACCGACUAUCUCCCGGUGCACUUCUGUUGACAGCAAAACUUCAUCUUCCAUCUGUCCGGGCCACUAAUCGCUGUAUCGCGAGAGUCAAAGAUUUCGCAAGCGUGCCUCAGCCAGCACCAGACCGGUCAACAAGAAGCCCUUUCGAAGCAAAAUUACAUUCUAGCCGAUGUCUAAAUGCACUAUGGCGAGCCUCAAGCUUGCGGCCCUGAAAAUCUCAGCCGCGCUAGCGGCUAAUAGUGGGUCACACGCGUUAUCAUCACUCCACUUAGCGCGUGAGGCGAGCGUGGCGCAUCAUCUUGAUGUCGUUCGACGCAAAUUCUCGAAACGUGCCCGGGACAAGUCGGGAUGGUGCUUGUUGCACACGAUUUUUGCUCGCCAAUUUUUCUUUGGUGACUGUUUUCAGGGUCAUGUUGGGAAGGGAUGGCGAAGGCGGAGCUGUAUAAGAGGAAUGUGUGGCUCUGGGGGAUCUGAUCCAUCAUCCACAUCUGCAUCCAUCUCAUACCACAUCCAACACCAACAGUACAACACACGUCAUUCUUCCACAUUCCCAGCUUCAAUCCAUCAAUAACAUCAAAAUGCCUUCUUUCAAGGGUAUGUCUCCCCUCUAAACUCAAUCUACCGAUCCGUAUUAACAACAUCCCCAGACUCCGUCUCUUCCACCCCAGCUGGUGCCUCAGGCGCCCCUACCCCAGCCUCUUCCGCGGCACCCACAUCAAC